GACAACAAACAUGUCUUGGCCAAUGCCAUAUCUGAGGUAAAGUCUCUUUAAGUGUGUGUUUCCUCCCCAGAAGCUGAAGGCUUGGUGUUAAUAAGGUAAUCAGACAAACAGAAACUAGCUAGCUAGGUUCAGAAGGAAACCUCUUCACGUUUCAAGACUUUUUCUUCAAUGAGUUGAAAUGUUGGCUGAUUACACCCACAGGCAGCAGAUGUUGUUCCUCCGUUUUCCCUCUCAUGUAUUUCUUGUCUUCUUCUUUUUCAUCCCCCCUCCUCUUGAAACCAGCCCCCUUUUGGAUCUUGUCCUAUAUGAAAGCUUCACAAAUCCCUCACCUUUCCGUACGGACACUCGUGGGAGACUCCUGAGAGAAAUCUCUUAUUCAUAUUUUGAUCGAAAAUCGGUUGUUUUCAGUCAGAUUUUCGUUCGUAAUUAGUGUCUGAACGGAUUUUCUACUUUAAAAAGCGCGAAGAAGUUGCUGCAAGUGGUAGCAGUAAGCUAUCGUUGGGCGAGCCGUUAACGUCGCGCGCACGGACUGCGCGAGGCGAGCGGCGCGAGAUGUCUCACGAGCUGUCCUGUCUGAGGAAUUUAAAAGUUUAAACUCGGAUUAUUAACGGAAUCUAACGGAAUCUGUGUGGACUUUCGUCAAAAUGAACCGACAGCAUGGACGGAUAUUUUAAGAUUAAAAAGAAAAGAUCCAGAUUCUUGAGGUGAUCUUCAUUUUGACGGUUUCUUCAGAGUGGAAACUUGCUCGUGGGAAUCAAUGCGGUUUCAGUCGAAAGGACGUGCGGUCCGAAACUCACCUAAACGUUGAUACGUCUUGGGAGUGAUGCACUGGCUUCCCCUGGUUGCCAUGGUGAUUGCCUCGGCCCUGUUCUUCCCUCAUUGUCCCAGUGUGCCCAGGCUUGUUGCUGCGACAAUGGAGCCUGGCAACAACUUCAGCACCAGAUCACUGGUAAAUCCAAUCUCUAAAUCCACCGAUUCUCAUACGGAAUACAUGUCAAGUGAUAAAAAAGCAGCGGAAAAAUUACCUCAUAGGACAGCAGAUACCCACAUUCAAACUGAUCUGACGGUUACCAGCACAUCUUCAUUUAUGAAUGAGGACUUUUUCCCUGAAAGGAAUCAAUACAAGAAGGCAAAGCCAGACAGGAUGGACCUUGGGUUGCAAACUUCAAGCAAACUUCAAAAACGCCACAAUUCCCAGGAGAACCACAUACUUAGGGACUACACAUCAACAGAUGGUCAGUUUCAGGAGGAUAGCAAGCUAGAAACCCAUAUUGAAGGAGAUGGGACUAAAGACAAUGGGCUGAAUAGGAAAAACGAGGAGGUGUCAAUGGAAAGAUUGACUUUCAAAGAGUGGCCAAGGGACCUGCACUCUGCAGAUCGGUCUACAAGCAAGGAGGAUCUGAGGGAUGUGGGCAGAGAGGGAUCGAGGGGAAACCCAUUGCCCACGAUGCCCGCAGUGCCCCCUGAGGGCUUGGGAUUGGGCCUAGAUGGACUCCUGCAGGUGGAUGAUGAACUUUUGCUGCUGGACACAAACCCUCGAGUGCUGUUCUCCACUUCCCCUUCGCCUCCCAAACAUCCUCCUUUGCAGAUAAUGCUGGAAUUGGGGCUCAUGCCCGAGCAACAGGAAGAACAUGAAAUGGAUGACAAGGAGUUAAAGUUGGAGAAGGGCGAAGAUGGAGAAUCCUACAGGAACCUCCUGCUGGAUUUAUCAGACUCAUCAGAGCAUGCGACCCCAUCCCCACGCCGUAGAAAGCGCCAACUCGCACACACAGGUAUUGAGCGCUCGGUUUGUGAGUCUACAAGCGGCUGGGUGAUGGACCGACGAACGGCGAUUGACGUGCACAUGCAAAAUGUCACUGUACUGGACAAAUUUCCAACCAAGAAAGGCAUGAUGACGCAGUACUUCUACGAGACACGAUGCCGUGGGCCAGAUCACCGUGGAGUGCAAGCGGGGGAGCAUGGACUGGCUGGAGCUGGCUGUCUUGGCGUGGAUAAGCGUCACUGGGUGAGCGAGUGUCAGACCAAGCAGUCUUAUGUGAGAGCAUUUACAUCAGACAACACCAGGGGGACAGGAUGGCGGUGGAUCCGCAUCGACACAUCUUGCGUCUGCGUGUUGUACUCGAGGACACAAAAAAACCGAACCACACGUCAGGGGACGAGAUGAGUGUGAGAUGGGGAAAAUUAAGGGACAUACACUCACCUGGUUAUGGUCUUGUUAUCAGGUAAAAAUUGCCUUAUAGUGCCAUUACAACAACUGCAGCCCAUCACAUCUACCCCACCCAUCACUGCAUAGGGAUCACCAUAAGAGCAGAUAUUUGGGAGAUUUUUGGGUUUAUUCUCAGUACAGCAGUCACACUGACAUGGUAGUGUGUGGUGCAGGUACGAGUAGAUAAGCUGCAGCAGUGUUGUUGUUGUUGUUGUUGUUAUUGUUAGGGGUUUAAACACCUCAUAGUCGCUGCUGGGAUGAAAAAGUGUCCAUUAACCAAAAAUCUCAAACCACUGUUUUAGUAAACUAAAACUGAUAAAAGAUAGAGAACAAUAACACACACUGUACAUGGAAUGUGUGGGCUUUAGUCUUUAACUGUACUACACCUAUAUGGUGACCAGCAAAAUAAGUGUGUGUAAUAAAGUGCAUUAUGUGUACGUGUUUAAAACCCCCAAUGACCCUCACACCACACACACUACUAUGCCAUUGUACAUGGUAAGCAACAGGCUUACCUCCAAAGGGCAGCUUUGUGGUGGAUUUGUACCUAAAGCUGCAUUCACACUGGCAGCCAUUUUGCACUGUUGCUGAAAUCGCUCUAUGCUGGUCUUUAGUUUACUGCAUUUUGUCAUGGUUUCACUGGUAGCCCCGAGGUAGUGUAAUAUUGAUACAUGCUAGCUACAGGAAAUAUAUAAAACAAGUGUCUUCCUACUAAAAAUGAAAUUCUGGAGGGAGAUCACUGCAUAAAAUACAUCCAUGCGCUGCAUCACAGAAUGAAUCUAAAACGUUUUGCUCGUUAUUAUAUCUGCUGCCUAUUUUAAAAGAUUAAAAGGCUUGAUGUAUCAAAUUAAAAUGGGGAAAACACUGGCGAUGUUAAGUUUUGGAUAAAUCAGAGUCUCACUGACCAUCUGCUCAGGAGCUUCAAGCAGGAUUGAACCAAAAAACAUGGAUAAUAUUUUUAUAUAGUCUAUAGUCUGGGUUAAAAUAUUUGGUAGUCCCCAAAUGGCUUUGGUUCUCAUUUGCAUAAAGAUAAACUUUGUUGUAUCACUUGCCCUGACCAUAUUGCACUAUUAACAGUUGCGCAUGCCCCUGUCCCAGCCACUUUGUCACAUUGCGUUGCGUCGCUGCCAGUGUGAGCGCAGAGCAAAUCAUGGCCAGUGAGUGUAUAUGAACAGUAGGGUCCGAGAAUGAGUCCACUACCAAGAGCUCCCCCCUCCCUUUUUUUCACACCUUUGCUCAUUUGCAGCAGUAAAAGUGUGUUCUUAUGGACAUUUUGGCAUUUGUCAGAUGAUUGUUCAUCACAGGGCACAGAUCAUAUGAUCAAGAAACUGGGAAACUGUUCAACUCUGAUCUUACGAUCAAGCUACUUAGCUAAGGUUAGCAAGAAACAUAAACUUCCUAUGGUUAAUUUCUUUUAAUAUAAUAAUGCUUAGUUCAAAUAUUUCAGUAAAAAUAAUGAGCUUCAUGUCGUGAGGUUCUGAAAUUAAUUAACUGUCUUUCCACUUGGACAUCAUGGUGCUUUCCAUCAAGCUCGUUUUUUGUGAAUUUUAGAAAUAUUUUCAGAACUAUAUCAAGAUAUAUCUAGUGAAACUCAUGCACUGUAUGAACAGAUGAAGAAAUGAACAUUUUUCUUGAUUUAAUUAACAAAACCAACAUCAAAAGUCACCACGACUCUUACAAGGGAUAAAGGCAGAGAGAAAAAACACAUUUUACCACAAAAAUUAGCAUAUGCCAGUGGACAAGGUGUCUAAAUUUUUUUCAGAUGUGUGCCAAGCAACAGUAAGAAAAUUAAGCAAAUGUAGCAAAAGCGAAAGUCUGUUGUGAUGCCAAUUAAUAAUAAGGGGCUAUUUUAUUUGUUUUAUUAUGGACUAACUAUUAUUCACAUUCUUCAUUUCUAUUGGCUCGCAAGAAGUCACAGGUCAAAGCUCACCUAGAUAAAGUUAGCAUGAAGUGAAGGUAACCAAUACGCAAAACAGAUGCAUCUUUUACAUACCACGUCCUUUCCCUUUCAGUGAAUUGGCUUUUCUAAUCCAGAAAAGCAUAUAGUUUUCAGAUGGAUCAAAUAUUGCUUUUGCAAGUGUUAAAAAAUUGUAAAUGGUACACCUAAACCCUAGAUGUUGUUCGGUUACUGCUGGUUGCCAUGGGUUUCCUGGUAGUGCCAAGGUAGUACGAUAUCUGAACAAGCUAGCUACAGCUAGCUUCAGAACAUAUAUACAUGUAAAACAACCAAUUCAGAAUGAAACGUCUUCUGCUGCCAAUUUUAUGAGCCUGAAGUUUUGAUGCAUCAAAAUAGAACUUGGGAAACACCGCCCCUCACUCCUAUUGGUGGUCAAAAAAUUGCUACGCUUCUCAUUUGCAUGAAGUUAAACUUUGCUCAUUUUUGUCGUAUCGCUCACCUCCUUACUCUGCGUCACCAGUGAUCACUUUGCAUUAAAAGAGACAUAGCAUUUACAAUUAUACUGAGAACGAGAAACUUGGGAAAUCUUAAAUGCUAUGACUAAACUGUAGAUGUUGGCAUCUCUGCCAUAGUUAACAGGAACACACAGAUUCAUUCUGAUUUUUCAUGUUUUGUUUUAAAAUUGCGAAAUGUAGCUAUGCAGCCAUUGACUACCAUCUGUGUUCGAUAACUAAGUUCUUGGUGGUGAAGUCAGACUUCUGGACCUGACUGUAGUUUUCUCUGUUUCUCACUCCUACGUCGAGAGAGAGAGGAGAAAUAAAAUGUGGACAUUAAAGAGACUUAUCUCUCUUUCCGUUUGCCUCUUGAUCUCUUUUCAUCUCUCUCGUCCACAGCUGCCGUUAUGCACGAGGCGACUCUGUUUACCACAAACCACAAUAAAACACAACAACCUCAGUUUCUGAAUUUUUCCAUCAAAUGUAUCUGUUGCAAUACCAUUUCUAUAAAUGCUGUUUUUUAUAUAUAUUUGUUAUGUAUCUAUUAUAUACAGGUUGUAAGUUAUUACUGUUUAUUAGUAUAUAAGCAUGAGUACCUGUGAUAUUAAUAUAUUUCCUUGUAAAUGUUCUGUAUGGGAAACACAUGCAUCUAUGUAAGUAUGUAACUAUGUAUAUAUUUAUAGGAUUACAAAACACUCAUACGUGGCCUCCGAGAGGCGCCGACUUGCGUCUGGUGGUCAGGAGUCUGGAUUGUGUGUGAAUGUGUGUGUGUUGUAGACUCUAUCUGGUGAUUCAUUGCAUGGCUGCAUCAGUGUCUAUGUGUGUGUGUGUGUGUGUGUGUGUGUGUGUGGAAGAAUUUCACUUAGUGCCUGCAAAAAACCAACAACUUUUCUAAAAAUCUUUGUUUACUGAGAUUUAUAGAGUUCUAUUUGACUUGGACUUGUCAUUUCGACAGAAUAAAAGACCAUGUAAUUAAAAAAAUAUAUAAAGGCAUUAAUAAAUAAUGAAGUGAA